UCAGAUCAAAACAAACUGCAUACAACGUAGUGAGAACUUAGCAUCAAAAUUUACCAGCUGGAUCCAAUCGAAACUAUUUACAAAAAUGUCUAAACCAGGAGAAAAGGCAUUGCAGGCGAUGUUGGAAAUGGAUAAAGCGGUCACUGUGUUUAAGAAACCUGCUAUUCCCAAAACCGUAAAACAGAAGAAAGUCAUCCUUACCGAGGAAAAUUACUUAGAGGAAAUGAGUAAAAUUAUACAGAGAGAUUUUUUCCCGGAUCUUCAAAAGUUGAAGGCACAAAAUGAGUACCUUGAUGCACUGGCAAGUAAUGACAUUGUGAAAUUAAGGCAAAUAUUUUCGAAAUAUAAUUCUAAAUCUCCACUUCCCAGAGAACCAAGUCCCGCUACCUUUGAAACUCCACUACCGAGCGCAUCAUUGAACGCUGAAGAGCUCCCUUCCAUUAGAUCUAACGCCAGUACCAGCUCCAGCAAAAGCAGUAAAUCACUGGCUGACAAGCAUUCGUUAGAUAGCUUUCUCCAGAACUAUACGAGUGAGGACAACGACAGUUUUCAGGAAAUCAUAGAAGCAGCCGAUCGGAAAAUGAGGCAGAAAUUUUCGGUCCUGUAUGCAGCGGAAGGCAGUAGCAAAGAAAGCUUAAUGAAUAGCUUAGCCUUACCCAGUAUAGAGACACAGUUCGAAAAUAAGCAAAAACUUAAGGAGCUGGACAUGUGGACAUACAGAAAUAAAAAUUUCAUAAUGUAUAUUCCUGACGGCGUCGAAUUGACCCGAGCAGAGGAGAUCGAGCUGGCCGAUAAGAAACAAGAAAUCGUACACAAUAAUACUCGACUUGAAGCUAAUCCAUUCAACGAGCAGGAAAGCAAACAAGCUAUUACAGAAGCAGCUCGCAGUCAAGCAAAGUGCCUUCCCGAAAAGAUAGGUGUUGAUGGAAAGCUGAUAGAAGCAUCACUAACACCAGCUGUGCGGGGUUUUAGUUUUGUCAAAAGUCCCUCUCCAUGCCCAGGUGUUACGGACAGUCCGCUCUUUACAUGGGGUGAAAUUGAAGGAACUCCAUUCCGCUUGGAUGCCGGAGAUACGCCACUUCAUCCAGCCUCCUCAGGACCAUCGUUUCGUAUUGCAGAAACGUCUAAACGAGAAGCUUUGGGAUUGCAACUAGCAGAAAAGGCAGCUGAAAAAUCACGCUCGAAAAAAGCUAAAGCAAUUGGAGCGGCUCGCCGAAAUAUUGCGUCGCCUAUGAUUCGCAACACAUUUGACCGUCUAGCUAGCAUGUUCCCGGCGGCACGCAGACUUGCAUCCAACAAACUCGGGCUUAUAAAUAGUCCCAGUCCACUGCGUUCGCCGACAGCCGGUAAUAGUUCGCUUAAAACUCCGUUCUUAAGCUGGAAAGCAAGACCCACGCCUUCUCCAACAGCUAUUGUAAGAAGAAAGACUCCACUGAUUGCAGCAUCCACUAGCAGUGCGACGGAAUCGGUAGUGUUGACUGAUAAUCUGCUAGACAUUCCUUCUACCGCUAAACGUCCGAAGGCUGCGGAUUUCUUUUAAUUUUAGAGUCUUUAUUGAAUAUCUACAAGUAAAUACAUAGAUAUUUAUUUACAACCAA